AUGCGUUGUAUCUUGCUCCGCGCGCUGAUUGCGGGCGUCUCGCUCGUUAGUGCUUCACCCAUCUCCUCGCAGCUGGCUACCCCGACAACAUGCGUGGCCGACGAGUUGCUGGUUCUGCUCAGGGCGAAUGCGGCCUCAGCCAGGCCGUUUUGCCGUACUUACCUCGGUUAUGACUCGGCCUCCAUCGUUGCAACCGUUACGCCGCCAGCAGUGACCAUCGUCACAACCGAGACACGCACUACUACUCAUUUGGCAACCGUAACCGUCACGGACAUCGACACCAUCUUCACAACCGUCAUCGGAACAGUUGUCGUGGAGACCCAGACAAUCACCAUAUCGCCGCCGGCCAAGCAACGCCGUCAGCCACUCACCGCCGUGAGCGACUACCCGGCUGCCUCCAUCUCCAGCGCCUGCAGCUGCCUGAAUGUUCGCAACUGCGGCAAGAAGGCUACCACCACCCUCCCUGCCGCAACCGAGACGUCUGUGGCCAGCACGGUUGUCAUCGAUACAACCGAGACGUCGACGCUGACUGAGGUCGCUACCACUACACUCGCGACGACCGAGACUUCGUCGGCUACGGUAGUCACAGUUGUCAUCGCCACGCCGUCAACGGCGCCAAGCGGCAGCCGCAUGGUGGCCACGACCUCGUCUGACGAGAAGUACUACCUCAAGAGCGUGCCGCUGGAGGGCUCUGGGGACCUGCUCGUCGUCGCGCAGGAUGCCUCGCAGGCCAUCGACACGUUCCAGCUCGACGAUCAGGGCCUGCUGUCGUUCGUCAGCCCCGACCUCAACCAGCAGCUCGUGUAUCCGUACUUCGCCACCAUCUGGUGGAUGAAUACCGACGCGAAGAAGCUCAUGUUCAACACGCAGGAGUUCAUCGACAACUGGGACUACCUGGACUGGAAAAAUUUCCAGUGGGUUGCGGACUCCCAGACGGGUGCUCUUACGGCGGCGAACGCAGGCCUCCCGUUGUAUUCGCAGUUGUGUCUGAGUGGUCUUAAUGGGGUACUCGAACAGGAGCUGAUGAUCGGUACGGCGACGCCAAUGAAAGGUUCCGGUUGUAUCCCGGCUACCAUCUCGUUGGAGUCGGCCUGA